UCUGCCAUGUUUUGUCCUACUUGUCGCGCUUGAUCAACGCGUUCGCGAUUUCGGUUCCAAAACCAAUAAUUUACUGAAUGUAACACGGGCUGUGCUUUGUUUACAAAUAGUGUAGUUGGUGACGAUAUAAUUGCUUUAGUGAAUUUUAAAUCUAUCGAUCAGUUUUGAUACUUAUGUGUUUAAUGGUGUAGUUCGUAUUUCGUAAAAUUUUGAAAUCGUUCACUGGUUCGCUUUACUUGAAAGCUAUGCAAGAUUAUUGUUAGUCUGUACAGAGAAUUGUUUUUAUUUAACGUGGUGAAAUAAGUGACUUCUCUGUGACGCAACCCACGUGCACAAUACAGCAAGCAUCUCUCAUGCAUAUUUGUUAUUAUUUUGUUCGCGGCUAGAGAGUUCGAUUCGAGUCCGUCUGAUUCGGAUCGAAGAAGGCAAAUCGCGUCGUCCGUCUUGCUCGCUCUCGUCGCAUUCCGUAACAUUGCGUUCAAUUUAUUUUCAUAAAUUGAAAUAGAACGGUGAUAUUUUCUCGCGUGUGCAUUAUUGUUUUGGUGUGCAAAGAAUAGAGGAUAGUUGUGGUGGUGUCGGUGCGGCCGGAGCGCACGUGACGACGAAGUGUUUGGGUGUCAGUCUGGUAGGGUUGGCGGGCGCCGGGCGCACGCUACAUUCCGCCUGCACUCUGCAGUGCGGAGCGCUGUAGGCAACGGAGGUGAAUCACCGCGUGUCGUGUUGAUCGUGCUUAUUUACGCGAGUGCAUCGUUAAGUGCGUGAGCGGAAGUGCGAAGGCAUGUGCGGCGCGAGUUGGCGCCGAUGACACCGCCGUCAGAGGCGACGGCGUUUUUAAGCCAGUGAGCGAGUGUUAGCUAUGUUUCUUGGGUUAUGAGUGUGUGACAAAGUUUAGUGUACUGAGGACACUGGAGCCCCUAGACGGAGUUGGGCCCGCCGGGGCGGCCCUGGUGCUUCUCGGGGCUCCGCACGAAGGCAAAAUGGCAGCGUGGAACCGCCACCACCAUUUCAACAUGCUGAUGGACGAAAAUGCCAAAAACAAAUUGGGCGUUGUUGGCGGCGGCAUGCCGGAGGCCGCCGGCGGCGAGCGGCGACACGUGCCCCUAUACGGGCGGCUGGUCGCCGAGGACCAGCUCGCCUCCAUGAGCGCACCGUCGGACAUUCAGGUGAGCGCCCCCGUGCGCAACCCAAGAGCUUUCCUGCGCUACCGUAUCCCCGCCCAGGCUAUGCAAGCACGGAUACCACAUCAUUUUCGGGACCCCUCGACAGCGCCGCUAAGGAAACUUAGUGUGGACCUUAUCAAGACAUACAAACACAUUAAUGAGGUAUACUACGCGAAAAAGAAGCGGAGAGCGCAGCAGUACCUCGGCGACGACGGGUCGCACAAGAAGGAGCGGAAGCUGUACAACGACGGGUACGACGACGACAACCACGACUACAUCAUAAAGCAAGGCGAGAAGUUCCUCGACCGGUACGAGAUCUCUUCGCCGAUCGGCAAAGGCUCCUUUGGACAGGUUGUAAAAGCCUACGACCACGAGGAGCAGUGUCAAGUAGCGAUAAAAAUUAUUAAAAAUAAGAAACCUUUCUUAAAUCAGGCACAAAUAGAAGUCAAGUUACUAGAAAUGAUGAACAGGGCAGACGCGGAAAAUAAGUAUUAUAUAGUGAAACUGAAGCGGCACUUUAUGUGGCGCAACCACCUGUGCCUAGUGUUCGAGCUGCUGUCGUACAAUCUGUACGAUCUGCUGCGCAACACGAACUUUCGCGGCGUGUCGCUCAACCUCACGCGCAAGUUUGCGCAGCAGUUGUGCACCGCGCUCCUGUUCCUUAGUCAACCCGAACUAAAUAUAAUUCACUGUGAUCUAAAACCGGAGAAUAUUCUCCUGUGCAAUCCGAAGAGGUCGGCGAUCAAAAUUGUCGACUUUGGUAGUUCGUGUCAGUUAGGACAACGGAUAUACCAAUACAUUCAGUCGCGGUUCUACCGGUCACCAGAAGUGCUACUAGGCAUCCCUUAUGACCUCGCGAUCGACAUGUGGUCGCUCGGGUGCAUACUCGUAGAGAUGCACACCGGCGAACCCUUGUUCAGUGGAGCCAACGAGCUCGACCAGAUGAACAAGAUCGUCGAGGUGCUCGGCAUGCCGCCAGACCAUUUAUUGGAUCAGGCACACAAAACUAGGAAAUUCUUCGACAAAUUACCGGCGUCAGAGGGCGGCGGUUAUGUACUAAAGAAAGUAGCGAGUAAAGAUGGCGGCUACAGAAAGUACCGGGCGGCGGGCACGCGGCGGCUGCACGACAUCCUGGGCGUGGAGGGCGGCGGGCCGGCCGCGCGCCGCCGCGGCGAGCCCGGACACUCCGUAUCCGACUACCUCAAGUUCAAGGACCUGAUCCUGCGCAUGCUGGAGUACGACCCGAAGCAGCGCGUGACGCCGUACUACGCGCUGCAGCACAACUUCUUCAAGCGCACCGCCGACGAGUCCACCAACACGCAGCAGGCGCAGGCGCAGUCGCACCACCAGCACGUGGGCGGCGGGCGGCUGUGGGGCGGCGCCGAGCGUAUGGAGGUGGAGAGCUCGCGGCGCGAGGAGGACCUGCUGCAGGCCGUGUGCACACUGCAGCACAGCCCCGUGGCCAUCCACUAGCGCGGCGCGAGGAGGACCUGCUGCAGGCCGUGUGCACACUGCAGCACAGCCCCGUGGCCAUCCACUAGCGCGGCGCGAGGAGGACCUGCUGCAGGCCGUGUGCACACUGCAGCACAGCCCCGUGGCCAUCCACUAGCGCGGCGCGAGGAGGACCUGCUGCAGGCCGUGUGCACACUGCAGCACAGCCCCGUGGCCAUCCACUAGCGCGGCGCGAGGAGGACCUGCUGCAGGCCGUGUGCACACUGCAGCACAGCCCCGUGGCCAUCCACUAGCGCGGCGCGAGGAGGACCUGCUGCAGGCCGUGUGCACACUGCAGCACAGCCCCGUGGCCAUCCACUAGCGCGGCGCGAGGAGGACCUGCUGCAGGCCGUGUGCACACUGCAGCACAGCCCCGUGGCCAUCCACUAGCGCGGCGCGAGGAGGACCUGCUGCAGGCCGUGUGCACACUGCAGCACAGCCCCGUGGCCAUCCACUAGCGCGGCGCGAGGAGGACCUGCUGCAGGCCGUGUGCACACUGCAGCACAGCCCCGUGGCCAUCCACUAGCGGGGCCGCAGUGACAGUGCCCACUAUGGACCAUAUUUAUAACUCUAUAUUUUUAUUUAAUGCGAUAAGUCUGACCGUCGAGAGGUGCGGUGACGAUCCGUCGCGUCGUGACUCGUGACUCGUGACUCGUGGUGAAUUACCCUCUUCAAGUUGCUUCAUUCGACCGUACUUAGAGAGUUCCCGCCCGGACGCGUUGACGGCCCGAAAGCUAGGUUUUUUUAUUGUUACGCAAUGCAUAUCAUGAACGCAAUAUGGUAGAAAAUAAAUAUUGUACAUAUUUAGGGGACGGACUUGCGAUGGUUACAGACUGCGACUCGAACCGUUUAAUCUAUAGUUUAGUUACGUCUAUGCUAGUUAAGCUUUCGUUCAGUUUUUUUUCGCGAGCUUUAUAUUUUGUAAAAAGUGUCGGCAACUGAUGACUGAAAAUCAAAGGGCCAAACUGAAAUUUCGUUUUGUAUCGACUCGACAAAUUAUGACGGAAUAUGUAAAAAUAAAAUGUGACACGCGAGGGUAUUUUUUGAUUGGCUCGAUUCGAUCCUUUAAAAGAUCCUCUCGCGUGGAGAAUCGUUUGAAACUUUGCCCUCGCAUUUCAGAGUUGUUGUAUAUUGUAUAAUGUUUUUUAUUUCCAAUCUCGAAUGCAUAAGAUUUGAGGUUAUGUACAUUUGAACACAUGUAUUGUGUUUACAUAAAUAUAGGUUAUUUUUUAACCCAUUGGAUUAUUCUGAGGAUAUGUAAAGCAGAUGAAUAGUGUAUAGGUAAUUCUAUAAAACACAAAAUGUAUUUGUAGGUUACGGGAAUGUUGAAUGAUAUAAUAAAAAGUUUGGGUAUUUCAGAUAGGAGUUAAUAAAUUAAAUAAACUGACUCGUUCAACCUUUUUGGAUUUGAAUCUACAAUAGACUAACCUCAUUGCAACAGACUGCUCGUAAAUUUGUAACGGAGAUAUUUUGUAUAGCAAACUGAAUCACUGCCUUACUGUGCCGGAACUUUUAUGGAUAAGGCCCGCUACUCACGUGCGACUUUGUGCUGCGACUUUUGUCACUAUCAUUUGUAUACCGGCGGCACGAGCACAAUGGCGUCGUGUCGCACACUAAAUGUUUAAAUAUUCCCAGUAUCGGAAACAAAUGUACAAAUGUAGCGUAGAUUUUUACAUGUUACGGCGUCAUAUAGAUUUGUCAUACUUAUUAUAUAUAUAUUAUAUAGAAAAUGUAACAAGAUUGUACCGAUGGUAAAAUGAUGCUUGUUAAAUGUUAGGGUUAUUCAAUUUAAUUUAUGGAUCGAUACGGAAAUUUUGUAUUAGUUCCUUUCGACCGAUAAUUGUUUGACGUUUCAUUAAGUUCAAUUGUUUGUUUGUAAAAUGUACAUUAUAGCGCUCAUUAUGUUCUGUUUAAUUAGGCAAUGCCUUAUGAUUAGCUAAUAUUUUGUCACGUACAUCA